GCGGAGCGGGAGGCGGGCGGCGAGCCCCAGAGCCGCGUCGUGCGGGGCAUCGGGCAGCUCCUGCUCCGCCAGGGCGGGCCCAGGGCGGGCCAACCAAACCAGGAAGGGACGGAGCCCGCCGGUCGGCUGGUCGGGAUGGUGCGCCUGCGCCGCCGCGCCUGCCUGGCGCUCUUCCUCUGCGCGCUUUUCGUUUUCGGCGCCCUCCUGGCGCUGCGCGCCCGCAAGGCCUCCGACGGCUCCGGCGCCCUGGCCGAGGGCCGCCGCCGCCGCCGCUUCCCCGGGCCUGCGGCGCCUUCCCCACCGAGCCCCAAGGCGCAGCCGGGUGGCCCUAGGCGGACCUCGGCGGCGCUACACGCCUUCUACUACACGUGGUACGGGACACCGCGCUUCGACAGCCGCUACGUGCACUGGGACCAUGCGAUGGUGCCCCACUGGGACCCCAAGAUCUCGGCCAACUACCCCAAGGGCCGCCACAGUCCCCCCGAGGACAUCGGCGCCAGCUUCUACCCGGCGCUGGGGCCCUACAGCUCCCGCGACCCGGCCGUGCUGGAGGAGCACAUGCGGCAGCUGCGCGCCGCCGCCAUCGGAGUCAUGGUUCUAUCCUGGUACCCACCUGGCCUGGCAAAUGACAACGGGGAGCCCUCUGAGAGCCUGGUGGCCUUCAUCUUGGAUGCUGCACACAGAUAUGCGAUCAAGGUCGCAUUUCAUAUCCAGCCAUACCAGGGGCGUGACGACAACACAGUGCACAACAACGUGAAAUACAUCCUAGGCAAGUAUGGAAUGCAUGAAGCUUUCUACAGAUACAAGACCAGCACAGGCUGCAGCCUGCCUUUAUUUUAUAUUUAUGACUCUUACCUUACACCACCCGAAGCGUGGGCUAAUCUGCUCACCCCAUCAGGCUCCCACUCGCUGCGCAAUACCCCCUAUGAUGCUGUUUUCAUUGCACUGCUGGUGGAAGACAGACACCAACAGGACAUCCUCUCAGCAGGCUAUGAUGGCCUCUACACCUACUUUGCCUCCAACGGCUUCUCUUACGGCUCCUCCCACCACAACUGGAAAGCCAUCAAAGCAUUCUGCGACGCCAACAAUCUCCUCUUCAUCCCAAGCGUGGGCCCUGGCUACAUAGACACCAGCAUCCGCCCGUGGAACCACCACAACACCCGCCACAGGGUGAAUGGCAAGUACUACGAGACGGCCCUGCAGGCGGCCCUCCUAGUGCGCCCAGAGAUUGUCUCCAUCACUUCCUUCAAUGACUGGCAUGAGGGCACCCAGAUUGAGAAGGCUGUUCCCAAGAAGACCGUGACCCGCCUUUAUCUGGAUUACUCACCCCACCAGCCAGACAUGUAUCUAGAGCUGACCCGCAAGUGGGCCGAACACUACAGCAAGGAGAAGGAGGAAUGGCUCAUGUGAGCAAGCUGCCAGGCUGAGUCUGCUGGGCGUGAAGAGUCCCAAAGACAACCUGGCAGUUCAGGCAGAGGAAGCUGCUCUCGAGCUCUGAGCACCUGGGCACACAGGUGUUAAGAGACUUUUAAAAGCAGUCACCCUCCCUCAACAAUUGGCUGUAAUGCAUAUUUUGGCACAUGGCAAAGAAAAGGAAAAGAGAUUAAGAGAAGGGAAUAAUUUGGCUGAUAAAGCGGCAAAGGAAGCAGCCCUCUCUGAAACAGGUCCCACAGUUGCUCUCCAGCUUACCCCUCUGAAUGCUUUAAAGCCUCACUACUCACCCGUUGAAGCAGAGGAUGCUGCCGCCAAAGGAGCAUCUCUGACACCGGAAGGGUGGUGGAAGCUGCUAACAGGACAAGUUAUAGUGCCACGGCCCCUUUUGAGACAGGUUGUCUUAGGUAUGGCAUUUCGUAAACCAUAAAGAAUGAGACGUCAGUAAUUCUCAAGUUCAGUGCUGCCACCAGGCGCAGCAUCCCAAGCUAAGUCCCUUUCCUUAUAAAUGUGAUAGUCGUCAGUCGGAGGGCAGAGCUCCACCCAUGCGAUGCUCUCCCUUUGCAAAGGUUUUCAAUAAAGGCAAGCUUUUGCACUUUGGCUGGUCUCGUCUCCAUUCUUUAUUGGCAUCUCAAGGAAUUGAGUGCCUUUCAUGAGUCAAGCCAUCCAUCCAGGCCUGAUUCUUUUGUAACACAGGGGUGAGCUUCAGUUCCUGUUAGUUCACGUACCUCUUGAAAGGGCUGUGAAGCUCCAGUAGGGCAGCAUACUGAUCUGCUACUGCGCAAAACGUCCGAGCAGAUUAAACAGGGAGCUCUCAUCUCUUCCCCUGUUGCAAGCCGAGGACAAUUCAUAUCAAGCAUUAGUUCUGCAGGAGGUGCUCAAGUGAACAGUGCACCCUUGUUGCUGUUUUGUUCCUGGGACAUUUGUUCCUAGUCUGCAGCUGCUAGUUAGACCUCUGUCCACCGCUCCCAGCAAAUUUAACCUGUUUGAGCCCCACCCUUUAAAGACAGACAAGUUGUGUAUGCAGGACAGUUCUCAGAAACUGUGAUGUAUCAUGUUUUUGGAAUUCCAAUGAUGAAAAGUGUACCUCAUCUUGCAAUAAAAUGCG